UGCAUGACUUGAAAAGAUAUUGUGUUUUAAUUUGAAUUCUCGUACUUAAUAGUAUAUAUUUUCCAUAAUAAUUUACUAAUUAAAAGUAAAAAUAGUAUUUAACAUUUAUAUAUAUAUAGGUCAGAAUCAUAGAGACACAGGUUACCACCGCCUGUCGAUCAAUCCCUACUUUCUCCAAUGAGUUCCCAUAACAAGGAUACCCAAUAGGCACGAAACAUGACAUUUACUGGCCUGACUCCUUAGGACCACUAGAUCUUGAUGUACCCUCGUGUAAAUAUCAUAGUGAAGAUUAGAGUUUAGAUGAUAGCCUUGGAGGCUUCAAUCUUCUGACUAGCCAGUAGUCUGGAUGCACUUCAAAAUUGCUGAAUUACCCAUCUCUAUUUCAUUUCUCAUGACUACUUGAUCGCUGAGUUUAAGCCAUGUCUUUUGUUGGAGAGGCUUGCUUAUCUACUUUCUUUAAGGCAUUGUUUGCCAAAUUGGGCUCUUCUGAAUCCCUUCACUUUGCUACUAAAAAGCAAGUCUGUAAGGAGCUUAGGAAGUGGGAAAAGAUAUUGAAGAAUAUCCAGGCAGUGCUUGAUGAUGCAGAGGAGAAGCAAAUGAAGGAUCGGCAUGUGAAGAUAUGGCUAGUGGAGCUCCAAGACUUGGCUUACGAUGUGGAUGACAUCUUGGAUGAGUUCGCGACUGAAGCCUUGGGAACCAAGUUAAUGCAAGAACGUCAAGCAAACAGAAGUAAGGUAUGGAAGAUCAUUCAUACCUUAAUUACUAUUUUCAAUCCAUAUGCUUUCCUGUUUAAUUAUAAGAUGAUGUCAAAGAUAAAAGCGAUUACUGUUAGAUUGCAAGAUUUCGUCACCCAAAAAAGUGACUUGCACUUACGAAAGAAUGAUGUUGGUAGGCCUAAGAGAAUGAUAGAAAGGCCACUGACUACUUCAUUGGUGAAUGAAGCUCUUGUCUAUGGUAGGGAAGAAGACAAAAAGGCAAUAAUUGAUUUGCUUUUAAUGAAUGAUAGUAGUGAUGGUAAAGUCACUAUGAUCCCUAUUGUUGGCAUUGGAGGGAUUGGUAAGACUACCCUUGUUCAACUAGUUCACAAUGAUAAUAGUAUAAAAGAUCAUUUCAACAUCAAAGCAUGGGUGUGUGUUUCUGAAGAUUUUGAUGUGAUCAAAAUAACAAAAACAAUUUUGCAGUCAAUUACUACUGAGCCAUGCAAUGAAUUAAAUCAUCUAAAUUUGCUACAAGUCAAAUUGAAGGAGGAGUUAUGUGAAAAGAAUUUUCUGCUUGUUUUGGACGAUAUUUAGAAUGGAAGCUAUAAUGAUUGGGCCAUUCUUCGAACUCCUCUUGAAGUAGGGGCUGCAAAAAUCAAAAUAAUUGUGACAACACCAAUCAAAAUGUUUCAUCAGUAAUGAAAACUGUUCCGGAUUACUCAUUAUAAGAAUUGUCAAAUAAUGAUUGUCUCUUCAUUUUAACUCAACAUUCCUUAGGGGAAAAAGGUUUCGAUUGGCAUUUGGAUUUAAAAGAAACUAGAGAACUGAUUACGAGAAGGUGUAAUGGCUUGCCCUUAGCUGCUAAAACCAUUGGUGGCUUAUUAUGCUCAAGGGUGUAUCCUGAUGCAUGGAAAGAUGUAUUGGAGAAUGAGAUAUGGAAUUCCUCAGAAGAGAAAUGUGGCGUAAUUCCAACUUUGCGGUUGAGCUACUAUCAUCUUCCACCUCAUUUGAAGCAAUGUUUUUCAUAUUGCUCAAUCCUUCCUAAAGCCUAUGAAUUUGGGGAGGAAGAAAUAGUGUUGUUAUGGAUGGCAGAAGGCUUGUUACAGCAAGCAAACAAUUAAAGGCAAAUUGAAAAAUUAGGUAGCAUGUACUUUCAAGAUCUUGUGUCAAGAUCAUUCUUUCAAAUAUCUAGCAGAAAUAAAUCUUGAUUUGUAAUGCAUGACCUCAUCAAUGAUCUAGCUCAAUUAGUUAUAGAAGAC